GAAAACCAUGGCCGUCCCUCCAAAAAAGUCGAGGUCUUGUUCGCAGCACAUGCACGCACGCAAGGCGAAGCCGUGUGAGGAACCGCGCGCCGAUCGAGGAGCCAUAGCCGACGAUCGAGGCGCCAGGGGACGGCCGGCCGGAGCUAAUUAAGCUAAGGUAGGCAGCGGCGCGCGGCGGCCGACUGCCGUGGAAGAUGGCCAGAGAUUUCAUGUCCUACUACUCGUGCUCGAACCCCGUGGACUCUCUUGGGUGGACGCCCAUCCCCGGCAUCGCCCUGGACACGCUGUUCCUCGUCGUCAUCCAGUUGCUCGCCGUCAUCGUCCUCUCCAGCCUCUUCCACUCCUUUCUCCGCCGCUACAACCAGCCCACCGCCAUCUCCCAGAUCCUCGCCGGCAUGGUGGUGGGCGGGCUGGGGAUCCGCAACGCCAUCGUGCACGUGGACGUGGACAACGUGGAGGACAUGUACAACGGCUACAUCUCCGCCGCGCGCAUCCUCUACAUGUUCCUCGUCGGCCUCGAGAUGGACAUCGCCGCGCUGCGGAGCACCACCCACCGCUGCGUCGCAUUCACCUACGCCACCGUCGCCGCCAGCCUCUUCCUCGCCGCCAUCGUCUCCAGCGGCAUGUACGGCAGCAUGAUGCACUCCCCGGUCAGGACGCCCGAGAUGCUGGCCGCCACGCUCAUGGUCGCGCUCACCAACACCUCCUCCAUCGCCGUCGCGCGGAUCGCCAGCGACCUCAAGCUCACCGUCACCGAGAACGGCCGACUCCUCGUCGCCGCCGCCAUCGGCACCAACAUCAUCUGCGUCGUCGGCGACGGCGUGCUCUCCUCCACCAGGAUGGCCAAGGAGAAGAGCCAGGACCUCUCCCUCGGCUUCGUGGCGCUCGCGGCGGCGGGGCUCGCCGUGUGGGCGGUGCGCCCGGCCGUGACGCGCGUCAACCAGCGCAACGUCGGCCAGCACCACGUCAAGACGUGGGACCUGGCCUUCAUGAUCGCGGCCAUCUGGAUUGUCGGAAACUUCCCGCAGAAGCUCGGUUUCGACGGGCUGCCCACCAGCUUCGCGCUGGGGCUCGCGUUCCCGAGGGAAGGCCCCGCGGCGCGCUCCGUCAGUGACGCGCUCGUGCCCACCGUCAACGGCCUGCUGCUCCCCUUCUACUUCGCCACCAUCGGGAUGCGGAUGGACUUCAACUCCAUGUCAGGCGCCAUCAUCGUGCCCGGCGUGCUCAUGAUGCUGCUCGGCCUCGUCGGCAAGGCCAUCGGCGCCGCCGUGGCCUCCGCGUACCUCAACAUCCCGCUCUGCGACGCGCUACGCUUCGGCGUCCUGCUCAACGUCAAAGGCCACGUCGACACCAUGAACAUGAAGUUCGCCAAAUCAGAAGGGGUGUGGGCGGAGCAAGCGCUGUAUGCCAUGAUCAUCGGCAACCUGGCCAGCACCCUCGUCGCCGGCCCGGCCGCCGCGGUUGUGCUGCGUAAGGAGAAGGAGGCGUACGCCAGGAGGCACCAGGCCCUGGAGUCGUUGGGCGAGGAGCGGGAGCUGCGCAUGCUCACCUGCUCUCACAGCGCGCACUCAACGCCCGCCCUGCUCAGUCUGGUCGAGCUCCUCGUGACCGAGCCGGAGACGCAGCCCGCCGUCCAAGUCCUCCACCUGUUCGAUGGUGGCCAGAAACGCGCGGCGGCGGCCGCCGCCGCGGCGUCGUCGACGACGCCUUACCACCAGCAGAUCAUCGAUGAGUACGACGCCGGACGCGACGCCAUCACGGACAUGAACACGGUGGUCGACCUGUACUGGCGCGCCACGGGCGUCGCCUUCCGGCAGAUCGACAUCGUGGGCAGGAGCGCGUCCCGCGACGUGGACGCCGUGUGCCGCUGCGCCGCGGACGCGCACGCCGCGCUGCUGCUCCUCCCCUGCUUCAAGGAGCAGCGGUACGACGGCAAGAUGGCGUGCCGUCUCGAGGAGCGCCGCGAGCUCAACCACGGCGUGCUCGCGCGCGCGCCGUGCACCGUGGGACUCCUCGUAGACCGGCCCUACCGGAGCAUCGGCGCCAGCUUCCAGGUCCCCUGCAGCGUCGACACGAGCACCAGGACCCUGCUGCACCCGUGCAGCGACAGGGCGGUGACCCACGUGAUCGCGGCGGUGUUCCUGGGCGGGCCCGACGACCGCGAGGCCGUGUCGGUGGCAUCCCGGCUCGCCGAGAACCCAAACAUCGGCCUCACCGUGUUCCGGUUCGUGAAGCGCAGCACGUACGACACCGUGACGUCCUCCACCUCCAGGGCGGCGGCGAUUGCGGCGGGAGACGACCUGGAGCAGCCGUUAAACGAGGGGGACGCGGACGAGCGGUUCAUGUGGAGGUUCUACGAGCUGUACGCGUCGAGGGAGAUGGCCAUGUACGUGGAGAAGGUGGUGGAGAGCCCGGCCGACGUGGUGGAGACGCUGGACGCCAUGGCGGGGAUGUUCUCGCUGGUCAUCGUGGGGCGGGGCGGGCGGCAGCCGGUGGAGCUGCUGGCCGGACUGGACCGGUGGGCGGAGGCCGGGCGGGAGAUGGGCGCCGUGGCGGAGAUCCUGGCGUCCAACGCGUCCAUGGAGAUGGGCUCCGUGCUCGUCAUGCAGCAGCACACGGUGGUGGUACCGGUGCGCCGAUGACCGUCGUACGGAUGGAACAACGUAGCACUUGUACUGAUUCAGUUACACAGAUACUACGCAGCUUGUGUAUAUUUAGACGUGCCGAUUAGGAUGCAGAAGCUGACCAUUGGAUUGUUUUUUGUGUGUGGGAUCUGUAAGAUCCGAGUUUUCUUUCGUUAGAAGCACUUACAAUCUGAAAAGGAAGAAUCUGUACGAAAAUGCACUUUUGAUCUCAGAUCGCAUAUG